GCCGCACUGUAUAUAUCAGUUUUAUAACAGUUAACAUUGCUCCAGUCAACAGAAAAAUAAACAGCUUAUCUUUUUAAAGUGUCAAGUCAUAACAUUGUUUAAUUAAAAAAUAUUUUAGUUAAUAAAAUAAUUAUUAACAUUUCUUCACUAUGUCUGUGCUAACUAAAGGUAUAUACUUUGUUGCCGCUAAAAGAACACCUUUUGGUAAAAUGGGUGGCAUGUUUGUCAAUAAAUCAGCUACAGAUUUGUCAGUUGUUGCUGCAACAAGUGCUAUUCAAUCAGCUGGAAUAAAACCGGAGCAUGUAGAUCAUGUUAUCUUUGGGCAUGUUUUAUCCUUAUCUUCUUCUGAUGGUGCUUUAUUAGCAAGACAUGUAUUAUUAAAAUCUGGAAUUCCUAUUGAAAAACCUGCAUUGAGUGUUAAUCGGUUAUGUGGAUCAGGAUUUCAAUCAAUUGUUAAUGCUGCUCAAAGUAUAACAAGUGGAGAAUCUGAAAUAGUACUAGCAGGUGGUGCAGAAAAUAUGAGCCAGACGCCUUUUGUGGUAAGAAAUGUCAGAUUUGGAACAAUGUUAGGCCAAAAAAUAGAUUUUGAAGAUGCGCUGUGGGUGGGAUUAGCUGACAGUUACUGUAAUUUGCCAAUGGGUGGCACAGCGGAGAAAUUAGGAGCCAAAUAUGGAGUUACGAGGGAAGAAGUUGAUCAGUUUGCACUACGGAGUCAGCAACGUUGGAAAGCCGCCAAUGACGCGGGUUACUUCAAAGCUGAAAUGGCUCCAGUUUCAAUGACCAUAAAGAAGAAACAAAUUGAAGUGUCUGUCGACGAACACCCUCGCCCGCAAACUACAAUUGAAGAUUUGAAAAAACUACCCUCGAUUUUCCAAAAAGAUGGGCUUGUUACUGCCGGAACUUCUUCGGGAAUUUGCGACGGUGCUGGAGCUCUAAUUCUUGCCAGUGAAGAAGCUAUUAAGAAACACAAUCUGAAACCUCUUGCGCGCUUGUGCGGUUACACAACCGUCGGCGUUGAUCCUAGUAUCAUGGGAAUAGGACCAGCACCAGCGAUUAAGAAUCUUUUAAAGCUAUCCAAAAAAACUCUCAAUGAUCUAGAGCUCGUUGAAAUUAACGAAGCUUUUGGGGCACAAACACUGGCAUGUGUCAAGGAUUUAGGUCUUGAUAUUAACAAGCUGAAUGUCAAUGGAGGUGCUAUUGCUCUUGGCCAUCCUUUAGGUGCUUCUGGGUCUCGUAUUACGGCCCACAUAAUUCAUGAACUAAGACGAAGAAAUGCAAGUAAAUUUGCUAUUGGAGCAGCUUGUAUCGGUGGAGGUCAAGGAAUAGCUUUAUUGAUAGAAGCACUUUAAAUUUAUUAAUUACUUUUUAUAAUUUUUUUUGUUUUUAAAUUUAUGUAAGAAUUUUUGUCUUGUAUAAUAAAUAUUUUUUUCACGUUUAAUUUUUUUCUUUUUACAAAAAAAAAAAAAAUAAAAUUGGGUCAAUUAUGCAGCAAAGGUCAGAUUUAUCUUUACUAUAGUUAAAAGAGAUAAUUACUGAAGAAACUAGAUAUUUGCUCUUUAUUGAGUAUGAAGUGGUUUCAACUUAUGAAAUAAAAUAAGUGCAUAAAUAAUAAGAUAAAAAAAUUUAGUUGAUAAACUUGUUCGAGUGAGCUGAGUUAUUAAUUUUCUCUCUCUCUCUCUUUAAUUCUCUUGCAAAGUGUACUUCUCUUUAUCUUUGCUGUCAACUGGUGUCAGUGUUAUUUAGGACGCUGUGUGAGCAGCUCAUGUAAUAUUGACGGAUUCAGUGUUUGCUAAAUAUUCAAUUCAUUUUUUAAAAUAAAUAUUGGAACAAAUU